AUGGCUUUGAAUUUUUUACUAACUGAAUUUUUCAGGUUGGAGGGUAAGGUGGCGCUCCUGACUGGUGCAGCCAGCGGGAUUGGCGAGCAAACUGCUAGAUUAUUCACAGAAAAUGGAGCUCGCGUCGUGGUUGCCGACGUCCAAGAUGAAAUGGGUCUUCAAGUUGUUGAAUCAAUCGGCACAGAGAGAGCGAGUUAUCUUCACUGCGACGUGAGAGACGAGAAGCAAGUGGAGGAAGCAGUGAGUUUCACCAUAAACAAAUAUGGAAGCCUUGAUGUUCUGUUCAGCAAUGCUGGAAUCAUCGGCCCUUUAACCAGCAUAUUAGAACUCGACUUAGAUGGUUUUAAUAACACCAUGGCUACCAACGUUCGAGGUGUUGCUGCAACAAUCAAGCACGCAGCUCGAGCCAUGGUGGCCAGAAACAUACGUGGGUCAAUUAUAUGCACAACGAGCGUUGCGUCAUUGUUGGGAGGGACUGGACCGAGUGCUUACACGACGUCCAAGCAUGCGCUGGUGGGUCUGGUUCGGUCAGCGUGUAGCGAGCUGGGGGAAUAUGGGAUCAGAGUCAACAGCGUGUCGCCGUUUGGGGUUGCUACACCUCUGGCUUGUACAGCUUAUAAUCUGAGACCUAACGAAGUGGAAGAGAAUAGUUGUGGGUUGGCGAACUUGAAGGGGGUAGUGUUGAAGGCAAGGCAUGUAGCAGAGGCUGCUUUAUUUCUUGCUUCUGAUGAAUCGGCUUAUAUCAGCGGCCAUAACUUGGCGGUUGACGGCGGAUACGCGGUGGUGGCUCGUAGUUCCUAUUGA